AGGAGUAUUAGUCUGCUACUCAGACAUGGACCGACACCGGAAACAGCUGGAGGUGGUUUUAAAACCGGAGACGAAGCCGCGAGGAGAAGCUUUACCUUCAGAUGUCCAGAAAGUGAUUGUUGGUGAAGAACAUCAGCAGGAGCGGAGCUCCAGUCUGGACCAGGAUGAGCCAGAGCCCCCACACAUUAAAGAGGAACAGGAGGAACUCCGGAUCAGUCAGGAUGAAGAGCAGCUUCAAGGGCUGGAGGAGGCUGAUAUCACCAAGUUCACAUUCACUCCUGUCCCUGUGAAGAGUGAAGAUGACGAAGAGAAACCUGAGUUCUCUGAGCUUCAUCAAAGACAAUCUAUAGAGAUGAAAACGGUAGCUGAUGGAGAGGACUGUGGAGGACCAGAACCAGCCAUGAACUCAGAUCCAGAUACACAUUCACAACCAGAUACUGAUGACGAGACUUCUGAACCUGAGACUGAUGACAGUGAAUGGAAGGAGACCAGAGAACCUCAGUCAGGUUUAGACUCUCUGAAUAAUGAGGAAGUCCCUGUCUGUGAUUCAAGACGUGGUACUGGUGAGAAACCAUUUAGCUGCUCAGUCUGUAAGAAAGCUUUUUCAGUGAGUAGAAAUUUACAUAGACACAUGAGAACCCAUACAGGAGAGAGACCGUUUAGCUGCUCAGUCUGUCAGAAAGCUUUUACAGUGAGAGGAAACUUAAAGACACACAUGAGAACCCACACAGGAGAGAAACCAUUUAGCUGCUCAGUCUGUCAGAAACCUUUUACAAUGAGUGAAAAUUUACAGGCACACAUGAGAAUCCACACUGGAGAGAGGCCAUUUAGCUGCUCACUCUGUAAUAAAGCUUUUAUACAGAAUGGACAUUUACAGAAACACAUGAGGAGCCACACAGGAGAGAGACCAUUUAGCUGCUCAGUCUGUAAGAACGCUUUUACAGACCGUGCACAUUUACAAAGACACAUGAGAAUCCACACAGGAGAGAAACCAUUUAGCUGCUCGGUCUGUGAGAAAGCUUUUACAAUGAGGGAAAUGUUACACGCACACAUGAGAAUCCACACUGGAGAGAGGCCAUUUAGUUGCUCAGUCUGUGAGAAAGCUUUUACAGAGAGAGGACAUUUAAAGGCACACAUGAGAGUCCAUGCUGGAGAGAAACCAUUUAUCUGCCCAUUCUGUGAGAAAGCUUUUACAGUGAGUGGACAUUUACAGCAACACAUAAGAAUCCACACAGGAGAGAAACCAUUUAGCUGCUCGGUCUGUAAGAAAGCUUUUACAGUGAGUAGAACUUUACAUAGACACAUGAGAACCCACACAGAGGGGAGAGACAAUUUAGCUGUGUGAAGUGGAGCUGUAGUCUGUAAGGAGAGCAGAGAACCUCAGUCAAGUCUCUAAACAUGGUAUACAAUGUAAUACUAUGGGUCCAUAAAAAGUUUAAAAUAAAAUGUCUUUAAAUAUGAUUUUGGAAGGUGUUUAAAAUGUAUUGGAUUAUGAAGUUAAUGUGUCUGUUGGUAUUCCAUGAACUGGACUUCUUAGGAAAUGCAAGAGCCAAUCUAUGCAACCCCAGCUCUCUUCAAAAUGGAACUGCCACCCAACUCUGUCUCCCUUAAGUGUUCCCUUAAGUGAAGUGCUGUGACACCAUCCCUAUAAAACACGCUAUUUUAUAUAGGCAGUAUCGGAGCCUAAAACGCUGGUAUCUGUAUCGGGAAGUACUGAUCCGAUGCCACGUAAUAAAGCCCUAAAGAAAAUCUACGUUAAAGUAGUUUAUUUUUGUUCUUUUUCCGUCAAACUGCAUAAUAAAAAGUUCUGGGGCCUUCA